AUGACUGGCCGCAAGUUUGAGGGCAAGGUUGCUUUGAUCACUGGGUCCAGCAACGGAAUCGGACGCGGGAUCGCCUCCCAUUUUGCGGGCCUCCGCGCGAAAAUUACGAUCACGGGCCGAAGUGAGGCCGAUUUGGCGGAGACCAAAAAACAAUGUCUGGAAGCUGGGGCAAAAGCCGAGGACAUCCACGACCUGGCCGGCGACCUGGGCUGCGAGGAAUUCAUGGACAAGCUCGUUAGCUCGACGGUCGAAAAAUUCGGGCGUCUCGACUACCUGAUCAACAACGCCGGCGUUGGGGACCAGGACAACUCUGGGAAAAAGCCCGGCUUCUUUAGCCAAGACAUGACCAGCUUCGAUUAUAUUUUCAAGAUCAACCUUCGCUGCCCCGUCUAUCUCAUUCGCAAAUCCGCGCCCCAUCUUGAGUCCGCCAAGGGCGCCAUCGUCAACAUCAGCUCGAUUUGCUCCUCGGAGGGGCAAGCUUGCGCCUUCUCCUUCUACGCCAUGUCCAAGGCGGCCAUGGAUCAGAUGACGCGCAACCUCGCGCUGGAAAUGAUCGCAAAAGGCGUUCGGGUCAAUGCGAUCAGGCCCGGAGCCGUUGUUUCGGCAAUGCAUCAGAAGCAGGGGGUUAGCGAUGCUGUCGCGGAGGCCGCCCGUGAGCAAUACGCCAAAGACUUCUCGUUGAUCCCCGUCCAGCGUAUGGGGGUUCCGGAAGAUGUCGCGAAGCUGACGGCCUAUCUGUGCGACGGAAAUGAGUCGAGUUAUCUGAUCGCGCAGGAGCCGUACCCGCAGCGUGACACCGCGGAAAAGAUCCGUCUCCCG